GUUGUAUUUCAUUUCUAUGGGUUAAUAUUGUUGAAUUGGGGAUGUGUAUUAGCUUGUGAUUUUUUGACAAUUAAGAAUAACUUAGUUCGAUGGUUUUUCUUAGCGUAGCAUUAAACUAACUCGCGCCUCCUAGCAGUGAAUGUUUACAAACUAAUUAAUUUAUAUCCUCUGUAGGUAAUGCAGUGUAUUUUAGUACGGAUCUUUUUAGGAACAGAAGGCGGCUUUUUGAAUGAUAUGCUAGUUAUACGAAGACCAGUCGUCAAUGUAGCACAAUAGAGGGAAAGGUUCCAAGAAAAUGCAGUUUGACAGUCCAGACGUGGAAAAAGACUUCCCAGGACUGUAUGCUUCCGAGUCUGGGAAGAAGAGCAAUGAAAGUGACUUCAGUGAUGAUGGUCAUGAACGACUCUCUAAGAAGGAUCUCCUAAUUGGCAAACGCAAAGACAAGAAGGACUCCAAGAAAGACAGAGGGUAUGCCGCCUUGGAAGGUGAAAGUUCCCCUGAAGAAGAUUCAGAGAUGAAAAGUCCUUCGAAAUCAAAGAAAUCUAAAUCUUUUAAGUUCCCAAGCAAGAAGGAGAAGCGAGAAAAGUCUCGAGAGAAGGAUGGGAAGGAGAAGGAAAAGGAGAAAGAAUGUGACAAAGAGAAGAAAAAGGAUAAAGAUGUGAAAGGAAAGUUGAAGCUCAAGGAACGGAAGAAGUCAAAGCAUGAAGACUGCGUGGAUGGCGACGAACAGCCAGUGUUUGGGGUGAGCCUGCAGGUUGCUGUGGAGCGCAGUCGUUGCCACGAUGGGGUCGACAUUCCUCUUGUGGUCCGCAACUGCAUCGAUUACGUCCAGGAGUGUGGCCUGAACAUGGAGAACAUCUACAAGCUGUCUGGGAUCAAGUCCAAGGUGCAGCACCUGCGUCGCCAGUACAACCAGCGGGAGGCAGUCCGGCUGGCCGACUAUGAGCCGCCGGUGGUCACCAGUCUCCUCAAGCAGUUCCUCAGGGAGCUGCCAGAGCCGGUGUUGACCAACGAGCUGCUGGCGAGGUUCGAGGAGGCGGCCGCAGUGAAAGAGGUGGCCCAGCGAGAAGCGGAGCUGAAAGCGCUGGUCGACCAGCUGCCCACCUGCCACCGCCAUUUGCUGGCCUGGCUGAUCGCGCACCUCGACCGCGUCACCACCUACGAGAAGGUGAACAAGAUGAACGCACAGAACAUAGCAAUAACACUUAGUCCUGUGCUGCUGAUGAGUCACCGACUUCUGACAGCACUUCUGUGUCACUGCCAGGCAUUGUUCCCUGACGUGUCACUCAAGAAGUACGUGCCGCCGCUGAGCGCGGGCAGCCCCUCCCUGCCAGACACCGCGGAAGGGAUCGAGGAGGAGCUGCGCAAGCAGGAGUCCCUGCUGAACCAGAUACACCGCGAGAUGAAUGCCGGGUUCGUGUCCAAGGAGAAGGAGGAGCAGCUGUGGGAGGUUCAGCGCAUCAUCACGCAGCUCAAGCGCAAACUGCGCACAGUCCAGCGGGCCCGGGAGAUGAGCCAGGUGCAGAAGAGCGUGGACGAGAGCCACCAGGCAAAUGAGGAGGAGUUCCACAUGGACCUGACCCUGCAGAAGGCCCGCUCCUGCUCGGAGGAGGAGGCCCCGGUGGGGAGGAGGGAGCCAGACCCUGUCCCGGAGCCCCAGGACACCCCUUCCCCUAAGCCGACGGCCCUGGUCGAAGCCGAGGUCGAGGAGCCGGAGGUUGUCCCGUCCACCAGCACCGAUGUAGACACAGGCGCAGGCGGCGCGCCGGAGGGGGCGGCCGGCAACGAGGAGGAGCUGCAGUCGCUGCUGCAGGAGGAGACUGCCCUCCAGCUGGAGCAGCGAGAGCUCCUGAGCCUGCAGUCGGACCUGCGCGGCCGCGUCCGCGAGGAGCGCGCCGAGAUCGAGAGGCUGCGCGCCGAGCUGGCCUCCGCCCGGGACAAGUACAGCUACAGGGACCAGAAUGACUGCAGCUCGGAAGGCAGUAGCUCUGCAUCGCACUCCGAGCCCAGCGACGCUGAUGACCCAGAGGUCACUACUCGCAUCGAGGAGUUGAAGAGGGAGAACCAGCAGUUACAGAAGGAGAAGACCAACCUGGUGCGACGCAUCAUGGAGGAGCGGGAGGCUUGCCUUCACCUGCGCGUGCAGCUCAGUCUGAUACAGCUGUCUCAAGAGUCGAAGCAGCUGUAGGUCGGCAGAGAGUCUCAUUUGGGUUCGGUCGUGAUGCCUCGGGAGAGCAUGUUCUGUUGCCAGACCUGCUCAGUUGUAUCGCUAGCUGGAAUCACUGCAGGAUGGAAGCUGGAAGGUGUUCUAUAUAUUACUUGAGAACAGUUAAUUUUGUUUUUAAAAUUUAUGUUCCUGUGUUAUAUUGUAUGGUUCAAGUAAUGCACAAAUUUCAAGUUAAUUGUAAAAUAAUAAUUAUUUUUCUAUAUUUUAUUAUACUUCUGUAUUUGAAGUCUUAAAAUGCAAUGAUGGCUGAAUACGCUGAACUAGUCCCUGCAGUACAUUUUUUAAUGUGAAAAAAUUUUGUAAAAUAUUGAGAAGUGACUUUAUGACCCUGAAUAACAGAAGUAGGCUAGUUUGAAAGGCAUGACCACAUUUUCUGUAUUUUUCACAGAUACAGAGUAAAUUCACUAUGGGAUCUGUGUAAUAAGUCAGUGAGUAUAUUUUUUAUUUAAUAUUAUUCAUUUAAAGUAAUUAGACAAGUUUCGCAUGUCUCCUAGAACUGUAAGGAACUGUUAGUUUGAAUGUACUUUGUAAUGCAGAAAUUUUAUCAUCUUAUAAAUUACUAUUUUUACAUCUUAGAUCAGUUGUUGAUUCUGUUUCAAGUGUGUUCAGGUACUGUAUGCAUUUUAAUGUAUGCAGCUUUAAAACAUUUCAUUAUAUUCUUUUUAAUAUAAAUCUAAUCUGUGAUUAUUAAAAUUAAAAACCAACUUGAAGCAUAUAAAAAAAUUACUACAAACACUGUGCAUUUAAAAGACACUGUUUAAACUAAACUAUAAACACAUGUAUGUCAACAUCUAUUAAAAAAAAAUUUUAAGGUUCUCUGUUAUUUGAGGUCUCCGUAUGUUCAGUGUUUCACAUUCAGUCUUCAUAUCGUUCAAACACUACUUAUAUUUUAACAUUUAUAACCUCAUCACAUGGUGAGGUUGUUUGAUAUUUCAGAAAAUGAAAUACUAAUAGGUUGUGGAGAAAUCUCUACGCAGAAAAAUUAUAAAUUUUUAUUUUUUAUUUAACUCCAACCAUAGUAUGUAAAUAUUUUACUCGUAAGGCAUUUUGUCUUCGCAAUAUCGUAAUUCUUGGUGGUGUAAUGUUUUGCUCUAUGAGUGUCAUUAUGUUAGGAAUUUACUAGCUGGAAAAAAAAUACGAUGGACUGAAAUAUUUUCUCUUGGAACAGAGGGUCUUGCUUUAACAUUUCACAUAAGUGGAAACGUUUUGUCUUAAAUUAGCUUCGCUACUGCAAUAUGUUCAGUUGAACUACUAAGAAGCUGUCUAUCAAACUACAGAAAUUAUAAUUAUAACCAUUGUGUGUUGCUGGAAGAUAUAUUCAUUUUGUGUAUGUGCAAGAAUAUAUGUGGGCAAAUGAACUCAAGUCACAAUAAGUAAACUAUUUUAACUGAGAUCAGAACCGUUGUGAGUGUUCACCAUUAACUGCAUUGGAAGUGGAAACCAGUUAACCAGUUACAUGAACUAUAUUUGCACAAACAUAUGACUUACCUGGUUUUGUGUAAUAUUUGAAUUAUCAAGAUCAAUACCGACCAUUUCGAAAUCUAGCUGUUUUAAAAACUGACUUCGACUAGUGGAUGGUGUUACUUCAGUGAAUCGUUGACAGCUUCAGAACAGAGUUCUGGAGCUGGAGUGAUCUACCGCUACUGUAGAAGGAUUUUGGCACUCCCGAGAGUCAUCAUGCCCUGUUUUGAAACUUCAGCGGAUUCCAGUACUAUCACUGUGGUGGUGUGGAGAAGGACCCGUAUCACAGUCAUCAACGCUAGACGAAAACUAUUAUUUCCUAAUGUAGGAAUUAGGAUAUCAGUUUCUUCAUUUUUAAUCUGCUUGGAAGAUUAAAAGUGAAUGUUUUGUGUACCAAAUCUCAGCUAAUUUACACGUAAGCAAUAAGCACUCUGUCUGCCUCCUGUCCUCUGUUAUUACAAUGACACAUUUUUUAGCUAGAUAAUACACAGUGACAGACUGGAGGCCCGCCUGCCGUAACCCCCCUAGAGUAAUAACUGCGCCGGUUAUGUUUAUGUGAUAGCUCAGGCAAGUAUCUUCUGCCUGAGGGAUAAAAAAAAGUGGCCUCUUGUCACAAGGGGGCAAAAAAAACUUGGUGCCUUUCCACAAGCACACAUGCAUUGGAGAGAAAAAGAAAGCUACAUACCAAGAUUUUAUUAUCUGCUAUUUACUUGUAUAUCAAAAAAUAAAAUUUAUAAAUAAAAAAUAAUAUACUUGCAUGAAGUAAUAAAAUUUCUUUACUCCCACUUGCAGAAUAAGUUGUACUUUUUGCAGCCCGGCAAUUGGAAAAGAUAGAAAUGAAUUGCAACCAGCUGCUUAUCCUGUAAACAAACAGCUGUUCUGUUCAGCCUGACACACUGCUGUUUUCCCGUCCCCCUCCCCCCUUCAUCCAAAUGCCUCUUCUGAUAGUAAUAGAGCACUAUAUUAUUAAAUGAGAAUUCUUGCACUAUAAAUAUUUGCCAUAUUUCUUAAGCUUGUUAAAAUAAUGAAAACCAGCAAGUUUCUUUGUAUUAAAUAUUAAAACAUUUUAAGACACUAUUCACAUAAUGUUGACUGGUGAAAUAUUUAAUUGUUUCCUCCCCCCCCCUUCUUUAGUUUUUUUCUUUCUGAAUUAUAGACAAUGAAUGGUUUUCAUGUGUUCAACUUUAAAAUGUUGUUACAUAGUACAUACAAAAGUUAAUCUUGUUAUUGUAUAAGUAAUUUUUGUUUUUUACAUUUUUGACUCUUUAUUCACCCUAACUGUGGCAGUCGGUUAACUUGCUAAAUGUCUCCCACAUGGUUUUUUCACGUAGUGUGUGGUAAGCAGGAUGUACUGUUAAUGCACCUAUAAAAAAAUGGGAUGAGACUUGAAAACAAGCUGAGUCAAGCUCAAAUCUACUCAAAAGUCGAGUUUAUUGUACUUGCCAGGACGAGAGCCGACAAACUUUUUCUUACAACUCGAUACAUGUGUGUGAAGUGAUGUAAUUAGUAUGCCAUUGUUCUCAGGACUUCGGGUGUUGAGUCGACCCUGAUAAUACAACUAUUCUAAGGGCUACAAGACCUUUCCAGAGCAGGGGAUUAGGAUAUAUAAAUGGUGAUGUUGACCUGCAAAGACAGUGAAAUAAAGAGAGCGAGUGACAAGCAAAAGUGGAUGAUGAGCUUCGUGUGUGAAAAUUGGUGCAUCAGGAACAGAAGCAUCCGGGACAUGUUGUGUGUGCGAUGAACAAGUGAGUAGUGCAAGGCAUUUUGUCGGGACAGACGUGCACUGUAAGACACAAGCAGUAUAGAGAGAGCCACUGUCGAGCUGAGCUCCAGUGGGGAGAGUAAAUUGUUAACAAAUGAAAUAGUGACUUUUAAAUUCUUAUAAAUUCAUUAUUAGUCUGUCAUUAAGAAAAAAAAAACAUUUUCAAUUGAGCUAUCCAUUCCAAACCUGUUCUCUCCACUUAUAACACUAUGUUAAUGUGGACAUGGACCUGGCAGCGAGUCACACCCUCUCAAGGCGUGAAGUGAUACGUGUGGAGACAAGACUCGAGCUGCUCCUCAACAGUUUCCUCAAUCUUACUGACCUAUUUUGCUCUGAGCAUUGAGCACGCUUACUCGAAUAACCAACCCAGUGGGCUCUCAAAGUGCCCCUAACGCCCCGUACCAGUAGACGUCGACAUCUGGUAAAGAACAUAACCAACUCACAAUGGUCAUGAUUAACACAAUUUAUUCAACAGAAUAGUCCACAUGCCUCUCGUACAUCUUGCUAGUUUUACUGUUAGAAUGCCUCGUAGCACAAAUUUGUAUAGGUUGAGGUCGGUCACCUUUGGCGCCCACAUAAAUUUUCACGUUGAUUUCAAAGGCACGCCCUGAGGAUAUUAAGAACUCAUUUGAUACAAUUGAAGAUACGAAAACAGAAUUACUAGUCGGUGAUGGCAAGGUAUGAGGUCAUCUGAUUGGUGGCAUAUUCUACCUCAGGAAGUGAUGGCUUCACACUGUCCGGAUGUAAGGAAUUGGCCAACGACCAGUACACUUCCCGUCUUCGCUGAUGACCGUUACCGUUAAUUUUAUAUUGGAUUCAUGCUGCAGAUGUUAAGAAACUAAUACAAUAAACACUUUGGGUAAAUAAAUAAUAAUAAGAUCUUUUAACUAGCCCGUUAAAGUAACUGUAUUUUAAAAUGUAAUAUUUGAAAACCAUAAUGCCACCCAAGAGUACGUUCAGGAAUAUUUAAGUCCACUUGGAGGCAUUGGAAUUAUUGAAAGUUAUUUAAUUAAAGUUUUAUUGAAUGUAGCUGAACAGAAUAAAACCUUGGGGGAUGAAAAUAAAACUAAUCACAAGAUUAUUUAUUAUUAAUGGGAACGUCGCACCGACUCUAAAAGCGUUCGCUCACCCCUUCUUUUGGGCUGGUGGCGCACAAUUCAAAGAUAAGCACUCGUGGAAUAUGCCACGCUGCAAUGUAACCAGAGCAAAAGAGAGGUUGUGGGUUAGAAGUGAGGUAUUGGCAUAUUGAGCUUAGUGGGUGUAGCCCUGGGAGAUGUCAAGGUCUUUAAGUUUAACACAUUAGCUACAAAAAAUUUAUGGCACUAGUUUUUUUUUUUAAACCAUUAAAAAUAUAUGUUAUCUGAUGGGUAAAAUAUAAAUUAUUGAUACCUGUAUUGGAAUCAAGUUUUUCAGUAUUGGGCCGUCAGCCAAUCACUAACAACAAUCAAUGGCUCUUGCUUAACCUUAAUAUCAAUAGUUUAUCCAGAUGAUAUGAAACACAAAUAUUCUUUAUUUUGAAGUAUAAGCAUUUUAAAUUAAAUUCAAAUAAUUAAUUAUUAGUUUUGGUAUAUUAGAUUUCAGAUAUUCACACAUGCCUAGUAUUUCUCAGAAGUAAAAGAACCAGAGCACAGGGUUUUUUUUUCCUUUUCUUUUUUUUUCUCCCCACUUUAUUUACCCUCCUUUUUUGGCUUAUCUUGUAAGUAGGUUCAAGAUUUUUCUUUUGGCUCCUGAUACAACUAAAAUAUGCAAUACUAAAAUGUGAGUUCAUAUACUAUAAGAAAAAAUUCAAGGUAACCAUGUAGCAUAUCUCAACAAAAAUAUUUUAUUCUUGAGAUACAAAAUUCAGUUGGGUAGCAUUCUUUAACAACUUACUAAUAAAGUGAAUGUAAAAAUAUUAAUUCAAUUCCAUGGUUUGUCAAGGACCUUUUGUUAGUUCAUGUUACAUUUGUAUGGUACAUAAUUUAAAUGUUAUUGGUUGCCAGUUGAUUUUCAUGAUCAGAGUAAACGUGUCUCAGAUGUACACUUCAAAAUAUUUUUAUUAAAGAAAAAUUACUGCUUUUCUUAUAGUUAAAAUUAUAUUAUUUUAGUAGAACACUAUAACAUUGUUUUAAUAAAUAAACCAUCAAAUUUUGCCUUUCCUUAUAAGAUUAGGGCAAAACACUUGUUACAUUUGAGGUUGGCCUGCAAAACAAUCCAAAAUAGUAACAAAUUACUUGAAAACUUGAUGCUUGUAUGCAAGAACUUUAAGAUUAUUUUUAAGAUACGUCUUUUAACCAAACUUAGUUACUAGGAAAAGUUUUUUUUUUUUAAUUUUGAAAAAAUAAACCUUGUUUUAAACUUCCAUUGUUUAAUACUUUCUUAACAAAAAAAAACUUGCACACAGAACCAGUCACACUUUAUUGCUAUGAUCAAAAUUCAUUGAAUGGAAAAGUUUUUUAUUUUUUUCAAAGUUAGAAAGUUCUUAAACUUGUCUGAUUACUUUCUGACAAAAUAAUUUUACAAUACAUACCAAUCACAGUUCCAUUUGCUUAUCUUAAAAUUGUCACUCACAAAAUUCUUAUGAAAAUUUCUUGAGUUGCCAACGACGCAGCCGCCUGCAACGACAACUGGCUUGCAGCAUGCAUUUACCUUCCUUUACAAAGUCAGAAACAAAGGGAGGCAACCCUGUGGUCACCCUGACCAAUCACAACACAGAACCAGAUGUAUAACCAUAUAUGAAGGUGUGUGGCUGAAAAUUGUUCUCUGCAAGUCUGGAAAUUUAUGUCACACCACAUCAUGGUUAGUCGUGAUUGGCUGGAUGAAAAACACCCAACGAACCUUCAAGGCUAUUGCUGCGCAGUCAUGUGCCUAUGUAAGGGGUUUUCCCGCGAUAUAUUAGAUACAAAAAAAAUUACUUCAGGGCGCCAGAAUGUCCCCUGCUGCCUUCCUUUCUUUUUAAACCUUCUGGAACUUUGAAGUUGGUCCAAACGCAACAUGUGUUUUAACGCACUAGAAUAAAACCACAGAACAAUAAAAUAAUAAAGAGAAUACCUCAAACUGUAUGUAAUGGUUAAUCAAUAUUUAUUUUGGCACAAUCAUACUUUAAAUGCCUAUGCAUAAUAAAAGAAACAUGUAGGGAUGUGCGGGUACCCGAUAUUUUCGGGUACGGUUCGAAUCCACAAUUACCCAAACCCGGAAUCGUUGUACUUACAUGGAUUCGAACAGUAUUACGGAUAUUCACAAAUGUUAUAAAUUUAUUUAAUAGAGCUCAAAAAUACUAGCAGUGAAAAAACAAAUUAUUCUACUGUUACGUAAGUAUUUAUAAUAUGAUGUAUCAAGGAAAAUUAAUUUCCCUGUAAUUAUUUAUGCAAUGAAUAAUUUCCUUAUUCAACAUGCGUCACUGUUAAGCACGUAGGUAUAUUUCAGUUUGUUUCACAUGGCAGAUUUUGUCAUAUAACCAUUUAUUUUAUUAUAAAACUUGCAGUACACUUUUGAAAAUGAUUUUUUUUUUCUGAAACUAGAAAUAUUUCCUGCAAUUGCGAUUGAUAUGCUCGUCGAUGAGAUUUCCUUCCAGCGCCACAUUCGUUCAAAUUCAACGUAACCUCCAUACUGGUCUUUGUAUUUGAGUGUUGAAUUGUAAUUUAAAAUAUUUCAUGGUGAAACAGUUUUAAGAUAUUGGUUUAGAAAAAAAAAUGAGUUCCGACAGUCAUGAUGGUGCAUGUGCGCUGCCAGUGACGCCAAAACGAAAACACCAUAGUUGGCGUAGCUUUGUUUGGAAUUCUUUCGCUAAAACUUCAGAUUUUAAGUCAAAAUGUAAAACGUGUGCACGUGAGCUUAAAUACACAUCUGGUAAUACUUCAAGCAUGAAGAAACAUUUAAUGCUGCACAAGAAAGAGUAUUCUGAAACUUCUGAAAACCAAUUGAAUUAGAUAGGCCAAGUAGGGAAUAUUUUUAACUUGCUUCAUGUUUUGAAUUUCAUCGUUUAGAGGGUUUAUUAUUAAGUUAAUAUAAUUAAAACAUUUCAAUCUCAGUGUAAGAAAUAAUUGCCAGUAUUUACAGUUAGAAAAAAGAGAACACACAUUAUUUUUAAAUUAAUAAGUUAUUUUAAAUUAUUCUGUGCUUAAUAUUCGGAAUCGGAUUCAUAUCUCAAAUAUUGCCAGGGAUUCGAACCGAACUGAAAAUCAAGGAUUCGGACAUCCCUAGAAACAUGAUUACAUAUUAAUUAUGAACAAAAAAAUUACACAAAUUAGUUAAAAUGUUAUUAGCAGAGGGCAGGAGUAAUGCUAUGUCACACACUGUUUGGAAACUUAAAAAAUCAAAAAACUUCAUGGGUUUCAGUUCAAUUUUAGCAUACAGUUUUAUUGAGUACUUUUAAGACAUUGUAUUUAUAAUUUGUUUCUGUUAGGUUAGUUUUCACAAUAUGUUUCAAAUGUGUGUUAUCUGCUUAAUAGCGGUAUAUAUACAUGUAAGUAAGCAGGAUGUAUCUUCAUUAUAUAUAUAUAUAUAUUGAAUUAUUUUUAUUACUGCAAGCUUUAUUGCAUACAGUCCUAUUUCCUUAGUAUUUUGUGGGUGAAAUUAGUUUUUUAUAGAGAAGUUGUAAACAUUUUGUGUUAUGUUAUGUCAUUUUUCGUCUCUUAAGUAUAAUUUUUGUGAAUCAUAGAUCUUUUCAAAAAUAUCAUCUGGAUGACGGAGCUUUGCUCAGAAGAAUCUGACUAUACUAUAUUGAACAUGUGAAAAAUAUGUAUGGCUGCAGUAAAAGCAAUUUUUUGUUACUAGUUUAAUAAAAAAUGUGUGUUUGCAUGAGUGGAUUUAUGCAUAUUUGUACGAGAAUAUUUGUUCUUCCAUUAUCUACAUAUCUCUUUGUUAUAAUAUUUUUUUAGUGUUGCGUGUAUGUAAUUUUAUAUUAAAAAUUUACGUUGAAAUAAUUUAUUCUACAGUUUGGACAUAUGUACAUUAUUGAUUUAUCGCUCCCGAAAAGACCUGUUCUUUAAUUUUUAAAUGAAAUAAUUUAAGCCAUUUUUGAGAAAGCCAGUAUAUGUAUGUUUUAUUUAUACACAAGAAUUACUAGUUUAAUUGUAUAGGAUUGUACAUUUCACAUGCAGUGUAUUGAACAAACGUAAUGUGCCAUAUGCAGUCAAUAAUAAACAUAAUAAUUUAAAAAAUGUAAAUGCUUAGUAGUAUUUUCUAGCAUGACACUAUAGGAAAUUCCACUGUAAUAAUGUCUGACAGAGGUAUGCAAAGCUUUGAAAACUGUCAAGUCACAUCAGAAUUUACAGAUUUAACUCAAAUUUGUUUAUUAUUGCUGUCGUAUAAUUAUCGCAACAUUAUUUUGAGGUAUUAACAAAGCAAAUAAAAAAUCUCCUAAAGGUUUAGUUACAGCAAGCUUUUACAAACUAUGUGCUUUUCAUUAUAAAACUGACAUUUAGAGAGGUUAAUGCAGCUUAAAUUUGCAUAACAUGACAUGCUAUCAGAAGCUGUUUGUAAAUUGAAUAGUAAAAUCUGGCAAUAAUUAAUGUUAAAUUAUUAUGUCAAACAAUCAUUUAGAAAAUGUCACUAAACCAAUUCAUAAUUAAUCCAUGUUACUCUUAUUCUUAUUGUCUCUUCUUAGUUGACACUGCCUCAGUUAAGAUCAGCGUACAUAUGAAUUUAUGUAAGCAUUCAGCCGGUACAUAUAUGUUCUAAGGUUGUUUUUUUGGAAUAACGCCUGAAUAAUGAUACAUAAAUAGUUCUAAUUUGAGAUGCCAAAAUAAUCUAAAAAUAUAUUGCAUGUGGUUUUCAAUAUGUUAUGGUUAUCUUAAUAAUAAUUAAUUGUACUUCCAACUUGACUCAUUGAAGACAUGUAAUUUAUGUAUAAUAUUGGCACCAACACUUAAUUAUUUAAUAUCGUCACAAUGGAAAGUUAUACUUUAAAAAGGAAAUAGAGCAUUUUUCAAAAUGAUUAUUAUUAAUUAAUUAAUUAAUCUUCUUUGAGUCAAGUUGAAAUUACAAUUCUCAAAAUAACCAUAACAAAUUGAAAACCAGCAUAAUAUAAUCUUACAAUGUAUUCAUUUUUUGGUGUUCCAUUAUCAUGUGGUUGUGAGUUUCUAAAGUUGUUUGGUUUUUUGGGCCAGAAUCAUCUAAGUCCAUUCUGCAUCAUUCUAUGCCUGGCCAACCCUGUGCAUCAGUUGUACUUUGCUGGCAGGUGCAUGCUGGUUUAUAGGUUAGCUGUGUAAUAUUUUGUCUUUGCAGACACAAAAUCUUGUAUGCACAAUUUUGGUGAGAGUUUGACAUCAGCAUACAAAAAUUAAAAAAAAAUCCUGCAUAAGAUGUAACAGGUAGGACUACUUGUAUUACUACAGACUAAAGAAAAAGAAAAAUUUCCUUGCAAGGAGUUUUUUUUGUACAGUUUUUUUUAACCAUGUGGAAACCUGCAUCUGCAGUAAUUAAUUAAUUUUGUUGAAUUUAUUUUGCUGCAUUUUCAGCCAUGGCCUAUGAUAGAUAACUAUCACAGAAUUUGCCUGGCAUGAUACCAAGCUAAUGGGAACUGAAAUCAGGAUAUGAUCUCGAGUCCUCUUCUAUGCAAGUCUAGUGUUUUAAAACAGUUUUACCUUGCUCAUCAUUGAAAAAAAAAAUCUUUAAAUCUGACCAUUACGAUUAAAAGUAUUGUAAUAAAAAUGAUAGCAAUUUUCAUACUGGCAACAUCCAAGUAUGCUUAUAGAAGGUCCUGUCAUGUGGCCUCCAUAUGUAUUUUAAAAAAGCCAAACCCAUGCAUGUAGUGUGGGAUAAUAUUUAGCUUGUUUGCAGUCAAGGAAUUAUUUAUGACCACUGUUUGUCAAAUGGCUUAAAAAUUGAAGAAAGUUGGAAGCGUUCCUUGUAUCAAACUUUUGAACGUAACUAAUAUUUUAAACUGCUUUUUUGUAGUAGCAGCCAUUAUUUAUUAAUUGAAGCAAAACACUGUACUUUGAAAGCAUCCCAGGAGAUUUAUUGGAGAACCGAUAAAUGUAUAAUGAUUAGAGACAAGAUGGUUUUAUUUUUAGUCCAAUUUUAUUUUUAAAACAGAGGAUUAUAGUGUUAUGGUUUUUAUUUUUAUAAAAACUGUUUUGUAAUACUCCACCAAAAUAGGGGUUACAUUUCUUUGCUGCAUUUUUAUGGUAAAAAAUUUUUUAAUAAAAUGAUCUAAAUUAGAUACAUUCAGAACAAUAAAAAUAAAUUAGCAAGGUGUUAUGGUUUAAAAUUGAUUCAAUAAGAGAUACACAAUAAAACUAAUUAAAUUAAUUUUUCUGAUCCAUGCACUUCGGUAAAUGUUUAGUCCAGAAAUAGCUACAUUCCUUGAAUUUCAAACAUUAAAAUAAAAGAUAAAUUUUUUUUAUGAUUUGAAUUAAGUAUUGGUUAAAAUUUUAUUUAGUUCCAUCACAUAACUUGUAUUUUGGUGCUAUGUGUUGUAUUAACUUGCAUUUUGGUGUAAUGCUGUUUUUGACAUGCUUAAUUGGUUUUAUUUCAGUUUGAUCCAGUUCACCAUAUUAUCUUGUCCCUUAAAAUGAUGCAUUUAUACACUAUGAAAAAUUGUUAAAUGUAAUAAAUUUCCCAUGUUUUACAAAUCACUGUAGCUCAUUUUGCUAGAAACCUUUUUAAAUAAUUUAUUAAAUUUAUGUGACUUAUGAAAAUAGGUAACAAUGUUGGUAAAGCAGAUGUUUUUUAAAGAGCAUUAAAUAUUGUAUUUUGAAAUUCAUCAGAUGUGUGUGAGUUUGUCUCUUCAGUAACAUAGUGUGUCAGAAAAUGUGUAUGGAAUAGUAUCAGAGAUCAGUUGUCAAGCUUUCCCUCCAACUUACUGUAUCUCACUUCAUAAUGCUUGUGAUAUCUUAUCAGGUGUUUAGUCACCAUCUGAGAACCGUGGUGCCAAACUUAUCAAUAUAGCCUAGCCAGCAGACUGACACACGUCUCAAAUACAAAAUAAUACUCUUUAUUCAUAUUGGCUUUGAAAAAUAUCAGUUCUCACCUACAAUUUGGGUUAACAGCUUCAAUGUGGAACAAAGGGAAACAAAAUGACCCUAGCUCCAGCCAGAUUCGCAGGAAUUUUGACUUGCUGGCAAUUCCAAGAAGAACGCGUGCUCACUCUCUUGAUUCUGUUGACUCGCUUGACACCAUCGAGAGCCAUCGACAACACAGACUAAAUUACUUGGAGAAAAGAGCCAAGUUUGAGCACAUGAAAAAUGACCCACCUGUUUCGCCCACGUCAGAAACUCCCAACUGGCAUCAUAGCACUUUGUCAACUAUCGUAAACAGCAGCAGCAUUAGCUCAACGCAGAAGCCUUCAGACUCAGCAGCAGACACUCUUGGCGAAAUCCUUGACAGGAUUACUUCACAACUGAACCUCCUGCAGCAGGAAGAUGCCAUCAGCACGGCUGCAUCGAAAGAGCCCAUCACCAGGGCAACUGUCGUGGAGAGGUACAUCCCAGCUCAGAUGCCCAUGAGGGUCGCCGUGGUGUCUGCCCGAGGCGAGCCGUCUACAGCUAACUGCUCCAAAAACAGGGUGUCGUUCGACGGUGUACUUCCAGACAUGACCACCCGGAAGGCCGCGGUCAGGAGCAGCUCCUUCCAGUUCCAGAGACCCUCGAAUUUCCUGCAUCAGUCCCCCGGCAACCCUGUCACAGCCAGGCGUGACCCCAGAGUGGUGCCUGACUUUCACAUUCCACAGACACCCCGCAACCAGCUGCCGGCCAGCGUAAACCUGGGCAGGCACAGCUACAGCACGGCACAAAAUUUGCACACACUCCCACAUGUCCAUAGACAGUUCUCUAACCCACCCGGCACCUCUGGCCAGGACUUUCACACUCCUCGCCCCAUCCGCAGGCACGUCAGUUUCAGCUCCGUGCCUCUGGGGGACAUGCCGCGCAGAUCUACAACCUCGUCCAUACCUGUCAAGACACUCAUCAAAAAGUUUUCAAUAGAUGAGUGAUAACACUUUAAUAACUGCAUGGUGUCAUGUAACAAUGCUUGCCAAAUCAAAGAAUGUGCAAAAAUCACCACUGUGAUACAUUACCAUUAAAAUAUUUUUUUCCUCCAAAACCUACUUAGACUAGUUUACAAUUAAUUUCCUUAAGAAUUAUAUCUUAACAUGACCACAUGGUUGUGUCAGUACUGCCUUUUUCAGUUUAUGAUUGAAUUAGUGGUAGUUAAUUCCAGCCAGUGAAAAUAUGGGAGAAUGAUACCAUUUUUAGAUAGCUGUAUUUUUUAUGAAUACUGUUUAGGUAUUGACUGCAUUUAAAAUACAAUUUGGGUGGAAUAGUUGAGGAUUGAUAAAUUGUUAUAAAGUUUAAUUUAUAUUGAAAUGAGUUAUGUAUUAAAAACACCAGUCAUAUCAA